GACUGUUGCUAUGAGAGAAAAAAAGGGAAAAGUUAUGAGAAACAGUUUGGAAGAAACCAUUUUGACAUCCCUCUCUCUCUCCCACUCCCCCUCUCUCUGAGUGUGUAUGGCUUCUGGCUGCAUGUGAGGAGGAGAGGAGCCCACCCCGCCUCAGCUGUAGUGAGGAAAACCCAGUCCAGGCAGCCAGCAACCAGCGCGUCUCUGCCUACCAAUAGGCAUGCUCGGCUCAGGCUCAGGAUCAGGAUCAGGCUGUGUGCAGUGCUGAAGCUGGGCGCAGGGGAACUGCGACGGCCGCGCCAAACGCAUCUUCUCAGUGAUGGCCUCUGCUGAGCAAACGUGCUCCAGCUUUCACCAGCAGCACUGCGCAUAAGGCAACACACCCACCUUUGCCCUCCUGCCCAGAAGUGAGAGAGACACCACCAUGUACAGCGUGGAGGACCUUCUCAUUUCGCACGGAUAUAAAUUGCCCAGAAGCGGACCUCCCUCUGCCACGCCUUACGACAAGCGCCCUGCUGACUGCCAGCGUGAACUUGUGGACAACAGGGUUGCCCGGGGGACACUCAACGGGUACGAGGCAGACAGGGGGGCGUCCAUCACAGGUAUCUACGGCACUAGGCAGGCACUGGUGAAGGGUUACCACCCCAUAGACAGCGAGGGCAUUGAAAGGAACCUAAGGAGAAAAGAACUCGGCAUCGGAAUCGGCAUCGGCAUUGGUAUCCUAGGUGAUGCUCAGCCCUUGGGUGAUUCUCUCGCCACUGAUAGUGGGUUUUACGAUGUUCCUAGUUUGACUUAUUCAGAGCCACUGAGUCAUGAGGACAGGGACGUUUCUUACUGGCGAAGGCGAGGCCAGGACUUCAGCAUCCUCUUGGACUAUGCUGAUGGCAGGGAGCUGAGGGCCUCUGCUGGUGCAUGGAGGCCACAGGCCCUGAUUGCAGCAGAGGAACACAGGGCAGAGAGGCAAGCGCAGCAGCUAUGGGAGGACAUUUCCUGGCUAAGGGACCCAGAUGCAGCCCCUGGUCAGCUGAGGGUGACUGGGGAGAGGAAAUGCCAGAGCCUUGGUACAGAAGAAUGGAGGCCUGCUGUGGGCCUGGGAAGGCAAUUGUCAGAUGGAGAUGGGGACAGGUGGUCUAAGGAUCAGUAUCGCUUGAGGACACCUGAGGGUUUUUUUCACCCAAGAACUAAAGCAAAGUCUCAGUCUCUCCCCAGAGUUUUGUCACCUGAUGGAAUUGUCAGCAGAGAGCUCAUUCCAUCCAGGCCUAGCCUACCUGAUAGACAACAGAGGAUAAACAGCACUGUCUUUUCUGGGCCCUAUAGCAGGUAUAUCUAUAGUGGUGCUGUUGGCAGGGAGCGUUGGGGUAGGAAUGCCGGGCCAAGCAGCCAUGUUGCACUUUUACCAAAGCCCAGGUUCAGCAGGCCUUUAAAGCCACCGUCAUAUGAGAUUCACCAGCAGACUAGGGGUAGCGCAGAAAUGCUUGCUAUAGAACAGGGUGCCAAACAAAAAGACAGGUCUCUGUAUUAUCCAAGGGUUGGGGACUUCAGACAAGACUAUUUCGCACAACACUCUACCAUCUCUGGAAUGGAGCCCCCUGGCUACAUUCCACCCCCGUCUUAUAGAAGACCCCCACUACCAAGAUCUGUCUCAAUCAACCGCAAUGAAAUUGCAAACGUAAGAUGGAGGGCAGAAGCUCUGCAGAUGCACAGCUCAGAUCCUGGGAGAUGGUUGUCUAGACAGGCAAGUGGUUCAUGGCUGGAACACUAUGGAGAUCGCAGUAUGCUCCAUCGGAAACAGGUGCAUUCUGGACCUGAAGAACAACCAGGGCAUACCCGUCAACUCACUGAAGAACCAAGAGCAAAGCAAAUCUCAGGAGGGCCUAGCGGAAAUUCUCUCACUGACUCAGAUAAGAUCCGCAACAUCAACAAAGAGAUUCCGCCUGCUAAGAAUUUAGGACAAUCUACAAAUGAUAGUGCCUUUCCUCCCCAACAGGGGCCAGCUCUCAAUACUGAAGCCCGCAAAACAGCUCCCACUGAAAAUGACAGUAUUAAUCGAUGGUCCAAUAGGGGAAUAAACAAAAAAAUUGACAGUGUAGCUCCAGAACAAAACCGUAGUCAAUUUUUGCCUUCAUCUAUUUUGGGUAAACCACCACCUCCUCCAUGUAAGCCGGCUGAUCAGGGUGUCUCUGAAACUGUGACAGAAGUAAAAAAGGUGGAGGUACCUGAACCACCAGAGAAAGACAAAUCAAAGAAUCUAAAAAAGAGACUUAGUGAGACAAUUUUUUGUUUGGUGUCUGUCCCUGUUACUCCACAGCUUACUGGGAUCAUCCGUGAUCAGAAUAACAACAAUGAGAAGUCACCAGUCCCAGCAGACAGUCCGAGUGAUAAUAAAACCGGCCACUUAACAAACCAAAGUCUCCAAAGCACAUCUUCAGCUGAAGCUGAGCUGCAAGCACUAACUGGUAGCAUAGCAAGCAGCAAAACAAGCAGUAGAGCAAGCAGUAAAAUGUUUAAAAGGGUACCCUGUAGACCCCCUAAAAUAAACCAUUACAAGGAGCUGAAACUGUCUGGAUCCUGGCCUUCAAAUCAGUAUCGAGACCAGGAGACACAAACUAGUCCAGAGGUCCAGAAACCUGACCCUGAAAACAAGGAAGCACAACAAGAACCUGUCCCUGCCGGCACUGAAGACUCUCCAGACAACAGCAGUCAAGUGGGUACUGCUUUUACUUUUCCGAUGAAGGGGGUAAAGAGCCUGAAACUGUCAAGCAACAGCGCCUUCUCCCUGACAGCCACCUUCUCCAACCAGCUGAACAAGAGCACAGCUCAGCAGCCAGCAGUACCACCCUCAGGAAAUGUGGAGGAGGCCAAACCAGCAGCAAACACUGGGCAGGAGGCAUUUGAACAGUAUCUACUAAAACCAACCAGCCAGCGGCCAUGGGAUGCUGUAAAAGAGCUGGAGACCAUCAAAAAAGAGGUCCAGGAUCAACAACAGCAACAGAGCAACAAACAGCCCAGUGUGGACAAGUGCAUAGAAGACCUGAACGAGGCUUACAAAGACAUCUUGGAGCUAGGCACUGCCAGCAAUAAAGUCCCAAAUGGUUCUGUACAAAUUCCUGAGCGUAUCAAAAUCCGAUUGACAUCAGAACCUCUCAACAAGCCGAGCAGCCUUAGGCGCAGCGCAGUAAGCUGGUCUGUUGACCCAGAAUACAGGGAAGUUAAGAGCGCCUUCUCAAGACCUGCCACAAAGUCGGUGACCUUUAGCAAGCAGCUAAGGGAGGAACUCCCUGUCCCACCACGGGAGACAGGCUUUAGAGAAUACAGGGUUGUAACUCAUCUUUCGCGCAGAAGAAGCAACGAUGGCCGAACAAUAAAAUUAGAUCUGCCAGAUGAGCCUAUUGAAACACCACUUUGCGACUUCAGUCCAACAACUAACACCACAGCAGCUGAGGUGCCGUGGGCAGAUAGGCAGCCCAUGCAAGAUGCCUCUACACUCACUAGCCCUCCUGAUUAUGAGGACAUAUGCCAGGCUUUGCGUCAGUCCAGAGACCCUGCAGAUGUCGAUAAAUCGUCCACAGGCAAUUCAGAGUCCCUUCAAGAUCUCAGUGCUGACUCGGAGGAGGACUGUCCUAUCUGUAAAAGGGAGCUUGAGAAUCAGAUGAGACAGGGCCCGUUGCCUCCACUUCAUGAAGAGAACAGCUCGGACAGCUCAGCCAAUCAAAAUGGCAGUCCACCACAAUGUUCUACCUUAGAAAGCCCAGCAGAAGAUGCUAAUACAGAGGAGUCAGAUGACUUCAGUUUGAAUCAGUCAGGGUCUGACGUAUGUGCUGAAACAAAGAACCAGCAUACAUUGACGCAGGAAAAUGUGGGAGAGGAUGAAAAAACAGACAAUGCUCAGGCAGAAACUUUGGACAAUUUGUGUGCAGGAAAUCUUGCUGAGAGCAUACCAGCGCAUGAAGCUACAGAUGAGAGUUCAUCUACUGUAUCAGCAAAUGUAGUGACUGCAGACCUCCAAGUCACAGAGGAACAGAGAGUUGGUGAAAAAGUAACUAAAGAUGUAGAUGUAGGAGAAAUGGCAGCCAUUAUAGGAGAAACCCCCGAAAGCAGUGCAGAUAAACAGUCAGCAGAGGUUCAAACUGAGUGUGAGAAACUAGACAGUUCAAUGCCUGAUGACAAGCAGGAGCAGAAAAAGAAGCCUUUUGCUGUCCCAGAGCAUAAAAUUGGUUCACGGACUCAGUUGGGACGAGACCACCCAGGGUUACCAGAGUUUCCACCAGAUAGACUGCCACUUUCCAUUCCGCCAAACCUAGACCGCAGGUUGUCUCUUAGCUUGGAGGGGGAGAGGAGGGGCAGGGGUCCAGCCACCCGAAUCGAAGCAUUGCAGAACAAAUUGGCUGUUUCUCCUGGAAGGGUGGCAGUUGAGCGCCUGGCCUGGAUGAGAGAUGUGGACGUUAUGUAUCGUGUGAGGCGUCUCAGCUUUAGGAGCACGGACUCUGGGGAAGGGGAGGCAGAGGCAGAUGGGGAGGGCAAGGAUGAACACGUUGAGGACACUCACCCUGAUCCUCAGAGACAUAAGGAGAAUGACCAAGAAGUCAGCCAUUUACAGCAGGUCUCCAAGGAGACAGUGUUACAAAAUGAGGAGUCGUCAUCUCACUCAGAACCCCAUGAUCCCAGCCGAGUGGGGACAAUGUAGAAGGACUAUGAUCAUCAUCUCCAUCUGAGGUUAUUAGCUCCAACACUGUGACCUGGCUGCCUACUAGAAUGCCUUCAUCUCAUUUUGACACUGAAAUGGCCUUCUUGUCCGACAAGAGCAAUGUGUACACCCUCACCCUUGGCGCUGUGUUGACUUCUAUGAGUGCUGUUCCACUGCCAAAGGGAGGUGCCCCUUUAACUUGGGGGGUAACUUCCACCUUGGGUCCUUCCCUGGCCUUCCCAAACUGACUUCCCACUGCCCCAUCUGUCCUCCAUCCCCGAGCCCAUCUUCUCCUAAGGUUUCUUCUAGUUAGUCUUCUUGUAGCGGCUUGUCCUUUCUAUUCUAUCCUCCCUAAGCUUUUCUCAUUGGCAGACAUUAUGCAAUUCUGUCACGCAUACUAGAACUUCUAAAAUGUCCAUAGUGAGUAUAUUUGAGACAUUUUUUUGCAUUCUGUUUACAGGUGAGCCGUUAAAGAUAUGAAUGUAAGCAUUUACGUUUGACCUAGCGUAGACAUACACCAAAAUAAACUGCGUAUCUGAAUGUUGUGGAGUGGCAACAGCUGUUUUAGAACUGGACAUCACUGUCUUUGGCUCAAGAACUGUUUUGAUUUUCAGAUAAGAUAAAUCAGCCUUUCUUUUUUUAAAACUGAAAAACAUUGAACCCUGUUUAGUUGCUUUUGUACACACUGCAACCAUAACCAUAACACAUAGAGCUCUUCAGUGAAGAGUGACUCUUUACCACAUGACAUGAUAGAUCAGUGAUCUAUUAUUGGAUACACUGGUUCUACACUAGAGAGGGAGAGUUGCCUUCUUUGACCAGACGUGUAUUUCCUGUUUGGAUCAGGCGAAGUCUCUGGUUAUCUGGCUUGACCUGAUGUAUAGCUCCCAUUUCCAGGUACUUUCAGGAAGCAAUAAAGGCACAGAUUGAGACAAAAUGGUGGUCAGCAACUUUGAUUAAUUACCGAUAGAUUUAAGGAAAAAGAACAAAAACAAGGUCCAUAGAGCAAUACUGUUGUACAAACAGCUCAGUGGUGCAGUGGAGCUUUGUGUAGGAACCGCGGUCUGGAGUUUAAAUGUGAACGUGUCAUUCAAAUUAUACUACAGGGAUACGGAAUCGUGUCAGGGUAUAUGGGGGCUUAACAGGGGUGGGUGUUUACUUCAUGAUAUACGGUAUAUCUAUGUUCAUACAUCUGUAAGCAAAAGAUGACAUUUCACGGAAUAUUUAUUUUUCUUAUCAUCAAAUUGUUAAUGAGUUUGCAUAAUGUACAAAAUAAAGUAUAUUUUAAAUAUUUUAAGAGAUAUUUUGUAUUCAACCAUGAAAUUUUAUUUCUCCAUGCUUAUAUCAAGCAGAAAGUAUCACGUGUCUGUAUAGUGCCAUAGCAAGAGUAUACAUAAUUUUCUAGUGCUUUAAAAUCUAACAGAAAGUUUUAGGAAAGGAUGACCCUGCGGUGUGCCUUGAUGACACGAUUUGGUUUCAGUGAGCGAGAGGGUUCAUCAAUGCGAGUGCUGACCGGAUGGAAACGUUAUGAUUGUGCCAUGAUUUCCUAUUCAAUAGUGCUUUUCCAUAUGCUAAGAGUCAACGUCGGAUGCUCCUUGUGAUGUUUGAAGCAUAAAUCCAUCUCUUUUAUUUCUGAUGUUGGUGGUCAGAUAUUUUCUUUUUUGUUUGUCUUCCAGUCCCAAUGUCACGUAUUGUUCUGUUGUUGCUUCUGAGAAAUGUGUUCGGAAAUAAAACUGGGAUUGCUUUUUUGUUUUUCUUCCUUCCACUCUUCCUUUCAUCCUUCACUCCUCCACCUUCUUUUCUUUCCCUGUUGCUUUCAUUGAACGGCGUGUUCAUUUUGUGCAUAUUGUUCUGCUGUCACUAACACUUAUUGUACUAAAGGAUAGAAUGCGAUGUGCUAUUCUCGGCUAAAAACCAUGUAUUUGCAAAACGUAUGAUUUUUUUUUAAAUACAGGGUUUUUUGAUAAAUUUAAAAUCUAAAUCUAAAUGACUAAAAAAAAUUUGUCUUGUGGAAAAAUACACCUUUGCUGUUACAUGGUUUUUCCAAAAUAGCAGUGCAUUGGUUUAACGUAUCAAGAACAGAUCUGUAGGAGCCGUCAUUGUUUGAACGUUCACUUAAUUGUUAUGUAGCAUUUUUACAGCUGUAGCAUUUGAUCAACUAAGAGCUUUGUCUUAGCAUUUCAACCAUUUCUUGUAAAUCUGGAUCAUGUCGCCUUACUACGUGUGCAUUACAUUAUACUCCAGGCAAUGCCAAAUAUUAACGUACUAAGCACUGUUCAUACCUUAGGUUUUUACAACUUGCUGUUCUGCCAUCCCUCUGGCUGGAGAGGUACAGUAGCAUUGUUGAUAGUUUCUGCUCUUCAUGCUGUUUAUCUGCAGGAACAUUGAAUCAAAGCUGUAAACUUAUUUUACAAGAAAAACAUCAUUAUGAAUAAAAGUUGAGGAUGAGAUUCAAUGUUUCAAAACGAGCCCAUUAUUGUGAGCAUUACAGGGAGCUGACAUGCCCAUAAUUACGAACAUCUCAUUUUCAAUUCAUUUCUGAGACUGAAAGGCUUCGCCGCAGUCUUAAGUGUAAACUGCCCCAAUUACAUUUAAAUAGGUAUUUCAGUACAUAUGAACCCCCCCCCACCCCAAUAAUUGGCAUGUCAGGUACACUUGAACAUAGUGUCAUUUGACUCUUUGUACUGCAGGUUAUGUGCAACAUGAAGUAAUUAUGCACACUUGUAAUAUUUUAUAUUUUCAUAUGAGAUUUAAGUGCUUUUUGUACUCACAGACAUUUUUUUUUCUUCCUUGCAUGAAAUGCAAGAGAGAGGAGGGAAAAAAAAAACUUUUCAUAAAGUAUUUGCAUUUGGUACUCCAAUAGUUAAAAGCAGUGGGCAAAACGUUAAGUUUCAUUUUUUUAAUUUCCAAAACUAUGCCAAGUAUUUAAAAGCUAUUUUUAGAGUAAAUCAAAAGAGAACUCAUUCAUUUUUUUUCAUUUAGCACAUGCCUUUAUCUUUGUAUCUAUAAAUAUGAGCAUAAUCCAUAGUCAUGAUUGUGCUACUGUUGUAUGAUACUGCAGUCUGAUUCAUAAAUAAACUCUUUGCAUGAA